AUGGAAGUGUGGGGACAAGAGAAGCUGGGCUUGGCCAGCAUCACGGUCCUCGUGAGCCCAGAAAAGAAGGGAGGGAGAUGGGACUUGGAGAGCCGUCGACAAGAUAAUGAGUCACUUGCUGCCAUCUUCCCACUUAAGGGGCUGGAAAACCAGUUUGGCACAGUAGGUGGCGCUGCCGGCCGUGGGUCUCUCGGAAAGCCUGGGAUGCCGGUCUUGACUCCCAGCUCACCCACUGCUACUGCCCUCAAGUCACCCGGGGCCCAGGUGUGCCAGAAUGCCCACCUCGCCCUGAAAGGCCUCACUGCCAGAAAUUUCCUUGUCCCCUUUGCUCUACUAGCAAAAUUCUCCCCAUCCCUUUCCCUUAAGGUCUUUCUGAAACAUCACCUCCUUCAUGACGGCUACCAGGCUCUUCUAGCCGAAUCUGUAACCCUGGCUUUAGUGGUUCCUCAGAGCCUCCGUUUUGCUGCACUGACACUCUAUACUCAUUCAUUUAUUUCUUCGACAAAGACUUAUUUGGGCAUCUGGCAUGGAUCGGCCACUGUAUCGAGCCCUGGAAACAGAAAGAUGAAAGGUCCCUUGUCAAGAAGCUGUGGCAGCUUUGCUGAUAUUUAUUGCCUGAUUAUGCUCACCCAGCAUGUCCGAAUAUAUGGACAGAUGCAAAUGAUCCUCUCUUACUGUGCUGGAGACUCAUCUGUUCAUCCUUUGACUUUCGAAAUCCAAAAAUCUUUAUCGGGACUUAGAGAAAAUAACGAUAAUCUUGAAACUAGUACUCGAGAAACCAAGUACCACACUCGGAGAGUUGAAGAACUCAGCACUCCUCUAACACUCCUGCCUUUAAAGUCUGUCACAGAAAGCUUUGCCAAAGUGAUCCACGGCUUGAAGGUGGGCCACCUGACAGAUCGUGUCAUUCAGCGGAGCAAGAGGAUGGUUCUGGAUGCUCUGGGAGUGGGGCUCCUGGGAACCAGCACAGAAGUGUUUCACAAAGCCAGUGGAUACAGUAAAAUCUAUAGUUCCAAUGUAUCCAGCACUGUUUGGGGCCAGCCAGAACUCAGGCUCCCACCAACCUAUGCUGCUUUCGUUAACGGUGUGGCUAUCCACUCAAUGGAUUUUGAUGACACAUGGCACCCUGCCACCCACCCUUCUGGAGCUGUCCUUCCUGUCCUCAUGGCUCUAUCAGAAGCCCUGCCACCAAGUCCAAAGUAUUCUGGCCUUGACCUGCUGCUGGCUUUCAAUGUUGGUAUUGAAGUGCAAGGCCGAUUACUGUGUUUCUCCAAAGAAGCCUGUGACAUACCAAAGAGAUUCCAUCCCCCCUCGGUGGUGGGAACCCUGGGGAGUGCUGCCGCCGCAUCUAAGUUUUUUGGGCUCAGCGUAACAGAGUGCCAAGAGGCCCUGGCUAUUGCUGUUUCUCACGCUGGGGCACCCAUGGCAAAUGCUGCCACUCAGACCAAGCCACUUCACGUGGGCAAUGCUGCCAGGCAUGGGCUGGAAGCUGCUUUCCUGGCAAUGCUGGGUCUCCAGGGAAACAAACGGAUUUUGGAUUUGGAGACAGGGUUUGGGGCCUUCUAUGCCAACUAUUCUCCUAAAGUCCUUCCAGACCUAGAUUCACACACUUGGCUUCUGGAGAAGCAGGAUGUGGCCUUCAAGCGUUUCCCUGCCCAUUUGGCCACCCACUGGGUGGCAGACACAGCUGCAUCUGUGAGAAGGCACCUUGUAACAGACAAAGCCCCGCUCCCCAUUGACCGCAUUGAGAGAAUUGUGCUUCGAAUUCCUGAUGUGCAGUAUGUGAACAGGCCCUUCCCCAAAUCCGAGCACGAAGCCCGCCACUCCUUCCAGUAUGUGGCCUGUACCAUGCUGCUCGACGGUGUCAUCACUGUCCCAGCCUUCCACAAACGCCAGAUCGACAGGCCACAGGUGAGAGAGCUGCUUGGUAAGGUGGAGCUGGAGCACCCUCGAGACAACCUACCAAACUUCAACACACUGUACUGUGAGAUGAGUGUUGCCCUCAAGGAUGGAGCCGUCUUCACAGAGCGUUCGGAUACCUUCUAUGGUCACUGGAGAAAGCCUCUGAGCCAAAAGGACCUACAGGAAAAGUUCAGAGCCAAUUCCUGCAGGACGCUGUCCUGCCACACUGUAGAAAGGCUUAUAGAGAUAGUAGAAAACCUAGAAGACCUGGAAGAUUGCUCUGUGCUAACCACACUUCUGAGAGAAGCCUCUCCACCAAAGAUAGCUUCCAAAUCUAUCUAG